CUGAUUGGCUGAAGGGGGUUUGUUUACGGAAAUGGGAACAGUUACCAACAGUCGGUAGCUAGACGAAGGAGUAUUGUUACUUUAGGUGGUGAUAAGUCAACAUGCAGGCGGAUGAAGAUGUUCCUCUACCUCAAACUGACUUGGUGAAAUCUCCCGGGACUUUCUGUGUUCUUGUUGGGGUGACGGGGAGCGUAGCUGCCCUUAAACUUCCACUUUUAGUAUCCGAGCUUCUUAUGCUGCCAGGGGUGAACGUAAGAGUUGUGACCACUGAGCAUGCCCAGCACUUCUAUAACCCCGAAGAGGUUUCUGUUAAAGUCUACAGUGACAAAGAUGAAUGGGAGAUGUGGACUCAGAGAUCUGACCCUGUGCUACACAUUGAGUUAAGACGCUGGGCAGACUUACUCGUCAUCGCCCCCUUGGACGCAAACACAUUGGGAAAAAUUGCGAGUGGCAUUUGUGACAAUCUGUUGACAUGUGUGGUGAGAGCCUGGGAUACGAGUCGGCCUCUCCUCUUCUGUCCUGCGAUGAACACAGCUAUGUGGAAACAUCCUAUCACAGCCCAGCAGGUGGACAGGCUAAAGGAGUUUGGCUAUGUGGAAAUCCCCUGCAUUGCGAAGAAGCUGGUGUGUGGAGACAAAGGCAAAGGCGCCAUGGCGGAGGUAUCAACUAUCAUUGCUGUUAUAGACCAGUAUCUUCAGCAAACACAUGAGCCAUCUCAGGAAACAUGACCAGCACGCAAGACUUGCAACUUUCAUUGACUUUGUAGCUUUUAACUGAAGAACCGCAGCCAGAAAAAUGGGAAUUCUGGGAACAAUGCCACAAUUUCCUGACUUGAAAAGGUAAGGAAAAAGAGAAAAGAAACCUGAGACACCACAGAGUCCAGAUGAUAACACCAAAAUAAAACUUCAAACAGCAACCUGACUCUCCUAUCCAUACAAGCUAUUCAUGUAAAAAUGAACGCCAUUUUAUCAUGACAAAUGUAAUCAAACUCUACGGCAAUCCAGCAAAUUUUAGAGUGCGUAUAUUUAAAUUAAAUUAAUGUAUGUACUGGUA